GCCGCCGUGGUCACACCCUUCCCAGCGUCCCCCCCUCCCGCUCUGCCCGCCAUGUUCUGGAGGAGGAGAUACGUGUAGCCUGGCUUUAGCUGGUUUAGCAUUAGCAACACAUAGCUAGGCGGAGGCGCAACAAGCUCCCUGAACGCCAAAAUAAGUACUCUUUUUUUAUUUUACCCAGGAAUUGGCAAAACGCGUUUAUGGGUUUAUAUCCCUGGAGUAACAGUUAAAUCUGACGUAACUCAAACGAUAUGGUGAUGGCGUGGUCAUGUGUGCAGCCAGCACUGUGUGUGUGGUGAUGGUUUUAACAGACGCUGUUCUGGAGGACUCAGGAACACUGCACUGGCCUGGAGAAGCCUCAUAAACAAACGCACACAUACACAACAGACUCACACACACGCACCUGUACACAAGAUUGACACAUACACACGCCACCGCCGUGCCUUGAGAAAGGACACAGGCGCACGGACACGCAACACAAGCUUCACCUGUAGCGCACACACGUUUACACCUUCUGGUGUGUGUGUCUCUACUCGAACAUUAUUGGUGCCCUAGCUCCUCACCUGUGUGAGAGUGUGCAUUUUUAUUUCUCCCCGUCUGUCCCACCUCCGCCGCCACCAUGCCGAGCUCCACCAUCCGCCGGCAGAUGAAGAACAUGGUGAACAACUACUCUGACGCUGAGAAGAAGGUCAGAGAGGCCACUUCCAACGACCCCUGGGGCCCGUCGUCUUCGCUCAUGUCCGAGAUCGCCGACCUCACCUACAACGUGGUCGCCUUCAGUGAGAUCAUGAGCAUGAUCUGGAAGCGGCUCAACGACCACGGCAAGAACUGGCGCCACGUCUACAAGGCCCUCACCCUCCUAGACUACCUGAUAAAGACAGGCUCCGAGCGAGUGGCACUGCAGUGCAAAGAGAACAUCUUUGCCAUCCAGACUCUGAAGGACUUCCAGUACAUUGACCGAGACGGCAAAGACCAGGGCAUCAACGUCCGGGAGAAGAGCAAGCAGCUAGUGGUCCUACUCAAAGACGAGGACCGUCUCAAAGGAGAGCGGUCUCAGGCUUUGAAGACCAAAGAGCGUAUGGCCCAGGUGUCCACAGGGAGCACUCAGAUGGGUUUUGGCCGAGGCUCGUCUCAGCCCAACCUCUCCACUUCUUACAGCGAAGAGUACGGCCGGUCAGAGGGCUCACCUGCGUCCUACCAUGGCUCCACGUCUCCCAACGCGGGUUCAGAACUGGAGCAGGCCAGACCUCAGACCAGCGGAGAGGAGGAGCUACAGCUGCAACUGGCUCUGGCCAUGAGCAGAGAGGCUGCGGAGCAGGAGGAGCGCUUGCGCAGAGGGGACGACCUGAGACUACAGAUGGCCUUGGAGGAGAGUAAGAAAGGAGGUCCAGAAUCGGCAAAACUGCCCAAGAAGAAAAGAGAGCCACAAUCAUCUUUAAUGGAUCUGAUGGAUGUCCCUGAGCCUGGUGCUCGCGCUGACCCCUGGGGGGCCGGAGUUGGAGCCGGGGUUGCGGCAGCCUCUGCUUCAGAAGACCCCUGGCACUCUUAUGGGUCUGCACCUAAGCCAGCAGCCCCAGUGGACCCAUGGGGUGUUACGCCUUCUGUUCCACCCAUGAAGAGUGCUGAUCCCUGGGCAUCAAACUCUACUCCUGCCCCUGACCCCUGGGGCUCCGCAGCUGCCCGCCCCAAGACUUCCAACACAGGUAGCUUUGACCUGUUCAGUGCAUCCAACGGUACGUCUAAAGAGGACUUCUCAGAAUUUGACAGCCUGCGCUCUUCCUCCUCUGUCCCCACUGGUGAUGGGGGCGUAGCAUCCUCUCUCCCCUCCCAAGCCAGUCUCGCUAGCAGCGGCAGCAUGGACCUCUUCGACCCCCUGCCCAGCUCCAUUUCUAUGUCUGCCACCACGAACCCGACUAGGAAGACUCCAGAGUCCUUCCUGGGUCCCAAUGCUGCCCUGGUCAAUCUGGACUCCCUGGUGACCAAACCAGCCCAGCCUGCGCCAGUUGUCAACCCAUUCUUAGCUUCAACAGGUGGCUCUGCUCCAGCUCCUGCUCCAGCUUCAGCAGCCCACGCCAACCCCUUCCAAGUGAGCCAGCCAGCCCCCCCCACCCUCAACCAGAUGCGGGUCAGCCCCAUGCCCGCCAGCUUUGGCAUGGCCGAGCCCAUGGCCAUCUCCUCUGGGCCUGCUCAGCCCAUCACCAUGGUCCCCCUGGCAGGCAUUGCCCCCAUGGCCCGCGUCAUGCCCGGAAUGGUCGGCGCUGUCGGAGGCGUGGGGAUGAGUGCGGGGAUGCCGGGCUCCAUGUCCUUGCCCCAGCCCCUGAUGAGCAUGCCACCCCAGGCCGGGACACAGCCCACCGGAACCACCAACCCCUUCCUUUUGUGAGGGUGUAACCGGGGGGCGACUUUCCCCAGAGUAACCCCUCCUCUCUCUCUUACUCUCUCUCUCUUCCACUUUGGCUCCUGAAGUAGCUUCAAAAUGAACAAGGAGAUGUCUUAUCCCAUCUAUCUCUUUAUAACCAACUCCUAGCCAGGUCGUAGUCCCAGUCUGGCGCCCCACACACACACACACACACACACACACACACACACACCUUAACACACUCCUUUACUCCUUCCUCCUUUGUCUCAAUGCUACAAGCUGCCUAGUCCUGUGUGCUCCAUAUUGAUCCGACGAUGGUGUUGAUGACCGCUAGGAGUUUUAAUCUGUCUACGGAUUUACAGAGUAGCAAUGGUGUUUACAGUCUUUCCACAGAGACCGGGCCCUCCUCCCUGUCUCUCAUUCACUCGCCUCCUCUCCCUCACUUCUUCCCUUAGGACUGCUCUGUUCUUCUUCUGUGGUGGAGUGACAGGAGAGUCUGACCAUACUAAUGCCAGGAUCUUAUCUCUUCACUUGAGCUAAUCUUUUAUAAGCCCUGUGUGCGUGUGUGUGUGCGUGUGUGUGUGCGUGUGUGGUACUUUUCCAGUGGGUUUUACUUAUACACACUGGAGUACGGAUGAGAGAAGGUCAAUGUGUUUAUACGUACGUGUGUGUGUGUGUGUGUGUGUGUGUGUGUGUGUGUGUGUUACUAAGCAGGGAUUUUGCACAAUUUUAUGUCUAAUUUUUUUCUGUCUGCGACUGUUGGGCUCACCGUUACACCUUAGCGUAGGGAAGGAGGCUAGCCGCUAAAACGCCCUAAACAACACACGGCCUCAGCUCUCGGUACCACUCGGUCACAACUCUCGUCCGGUCACUUCCUGUCAACUUGGACCUUUUUUUCCCGAUCCUCCACGUGAACUUUGACCUCCAGUGGUCACGGGAUUAACGAUGAACAUUUAUCAAAGGGGGCGAACCCCUUGUCCUAGGGGUUGAAAAGAUGCGUAAAUGCAAUUUCCGUCAAUGUGCGUGCUCACACGCAGGUGUACUGUUAAUGCUUGGAUACUAACAGCCACACGUUGGUGCAUUUGUUACCAAGUCUCCCCCAGUGUGUGUUUAGAUAAAAAAAAAUACAUGAACUGUGAUGGCAUCAGUAUUUUGCUAUCGGAACAUAUGGAUGCACUGAGGCAUCGUGGGACAGUUUUUUUUUUUUCUCCUUCUUUUUAGUUUGUUUCUAGGGUCAAAGGGAAAAGGGUGGGGUGUGUGCGCACACAGUUUGCAUGACAGAUACGCGUAGCUUCCAAGUGUACUUUAAUGAGCAAGUUUUCCAUUUCUCACUCAGUCAGUAGAAACCGACUUAGAAACGGCUUUAGAUAGUUUCUGAAGUGCAAGUAAAAAUGGGGGAAUAAUGUAGACAUCUGCAUUAAGUCUGUGUGGGUGUGCUUGCAUGUGUUUUUUGUGCAACCGUAUAUCAAGGAGUGUUACUAUGGUGACAGGGUUGCAAAGAAAGCUCUGGGUUUAAAGAGCAAGUCAACCACUCCGCAUCGCGAAGAGAGUUUACCUCCAAGUGGAUUUACUGUGGCUAAUCUAUCUACAAGAACAUUACCGGGUGGACACACACACACUCGCACACACUUACACAGGGCUGUUCCAGGAUCGGUCUAUUGAUAGCACAGGGAAUCCCGCAGCAAACGGCGAGACAUGUCAUGUAAACAAGCAGUUGUUAAUUUUGUUGGUUACUUUUUUGUUGUUAUUUACUAAUUAGAUGUAAAUCCAUAGCCAAGCCUUUCAGAGUUUUGGAGCUGUGUACUAGCUAAGCCAUGUAUCAUCUUCGUUCUCUCUUUUGUCUAUUUUCUGUCAUUGUAGUUUUUUCACCCUAUGGGUAGGCUACGUAAUUCUCUUCUCUUAGAAGCACAACUGUUACCAAAGUCAUAGGGACUGUGAUUUCUGAGGGUGUCGUACUUUGAAUAGCUUAAACAGUAGGGUCACACUUCACUGACAUUUUUUUUUUUUUUUUUCCUGUUUAUGGAUCCAUUGUUUAUAUAUAUAUAUAUAUAUAUAUAUAUAUUUCAUUGCUAAUUUACAGUUUGUUCAAGAGUUUGUGUAAGAAAGUGUUACUGUUGGCUGAAUAUCGGCACAUUUACUAACGGCAAGCUAAGCGUCUGUCUCUUCUAUUGGUUAAAAAAAGUGGGUAGUUAAAAUUCAGCUGAUGAAUUGCGCCCGGUGUAUAGAUCCUUCUCUUUAGGUUACUGUUCCCCCUACUCUUCAGUUCUGUUGAUAUCACUGCCAAUGCUAUUACUGUGGAAGUGGUGUUUUCUUUUUCUUUUGGUUUGCGUUGGCGCCCUCUCCUGGUCUGUUGUGGUAUGAUAGCUACACCACGGGACCCUUGGUAUUUCCACUAAACACAGACUUUCAUUUCUCUCAGGCAAAAGGAGGGGCAACUCCAACCGCGUGUAUGAUUUUGAUGAUGCUGAAGGCGGUGAUGAUGACUUUUAUGCUCGGGGUCCUGAAUGAAUGGAUGUGACACUUAACUUGCAGACCAGCAAACAUUUUUAAUCUCAACUAAAUAUAUGCAAAAAUUGGAGUUGGAAAAGUAAAAAAAAGAUAAGAAGACUUUAACGCUUGAUGUGUUUUGCAAAGUUAGAUUUGCUAAUAAAGUCUUGUCUAUUAAAAUGCUACUAUGAUAUGCUAGCUAAGACUUUCUCACUGGCCUUGAUUUCACUGCGGCCUGACCUUUUAACUUCACUCCAGCGAUUUGUGAAAAAGGUUGUUGUGGAUGCAUUGAAAACACAAAACAAAAACGUUGCUGUCUUGAACAAAUUCAGCACUCCCAAACAGUCCGACGUCACUGCAGUUGAACACUUUUUCCUGAUCCCUGGCAGCAGUUUCACAAGUCGUGGCUAUGGUGCAGUGAAAAUGUGGCCUGUGUGUAGCGAGCUCCUCUGCGUGUUACUAUGUAUUCACUAUGCUUUUAUCAAGAGGACUAACUGACCUUAUGGACUGUCUGUCUUUAUAUGCAUAAACAGCCUCCUUUUAAUCUUUUCCGUGUCUAUUUACCCUUCUCAUAGUACUGGGAGCAGGCUGCUUUUUUAUUGGAUAUGUGCUCAAUCUGUUGGCAUUAUAACUGUAUAAUAUAAUUUAUCAUUUGUACUAUUGUAACAUAAUGUUCCUCUGUAUACCUUAUUAUUCUGUGUAAUGGGUUUUUGUAGGAAAAGUCACCGUGGUAUUUUAACGGCAUCUAAACAAAUGAACGCAGCAGGCCGCACCCUGUUGGAUGAGGACAUCUGUAGCUGCAUUGGUUCAAAAUAAAAUGUAUCACUUCA